AUGACGGUGCCGUCACUGCGGCCUCCACUGGACACUAGCACGGGCGGGAUGAAUCGUGGUGUGACGAAAAGUGGCCGCCACCUUGCAGCAGUAUGCCGUUCGCUUCUUCGGGAGAUCCUUCAGAUGCGCAAAGAGUACCAGCAGUGUACAGCAGUGCUGGACGACCCAACGACGGACUCGGUGGAGGUGAGUCGGCGCAUGCGUAGCAUCAUGGGUGACCUCGACCGCAAGGUGCAUCAGCUGCGCAGCUUGCGUCAGCAGCAGAUGAAGGUGGAGGACAAGUUGAAACUGCAUGACAUGAUGAUGGAGAUUGCAGCGGAGAACAACUACUGUGAGAGCAUGUAUAGCGAUCUAAUCGACCUCAUUCGCUCCUGA